AUGGAACAACGAUUGAGGAAAAUCAUCGCAUGUUCCAAAUGUCUUCGAACAGGAUAUGGCAUCAAGCGAUUGCAAAAAGGUGGAAGUCGAAGCCCAUUGUUCCCAACUGUGAAGGUCCGUACAUUUCGGCAUAUUACGGCAAAGAAAAUAAAUGUAGUAAAUUCAAACCAUCCAGAAAUUCAACAAAAAGCUUUAGCACUAUUUGAUAUUGAUUCUCAAUUAUCUGAUAAGACACCAAAACCAUGUCUUACUACUAAAACUAAAAUCGGAGUAGAAAUCGGAGAAAAAAGAAUCCGACUAGAAGCAAUUGCUGUUGACCACUUGACAAAUGAAUUACGAGUAGUUAAUUUCAAUAGAAAAAAUUUACCGAUAACAAUUCAACAAAAUCAAUUAAAUGAUCUCAAAGGCCAGUGGAAACAAACCGGACGUUCUUGCCGGAGUAAACUCUUCAAAUACAUUUAG